CUAGUGGCUUUUAUUUUGAAGUUCUUGUUACCUUUCCUGUUUACCCUCCUUCCUGUCUUGUGAUUGUAAUGACUUCCACCUGUGUUGGUACCUGUGGGUUGGGAAGUUAGUGACACAUGUUGGACUUGUCUUUGUUUCCUCUUCACUUCUCUCCACCUUACUCUGGAUUAGCUGCUCUUCUUCGUGGCACCUCCUGUUAUUCUUGCCUUCGUGGAUUUUGUCAUGAUUGUGAUUUCUGGAGCGGUCUGUGGUCGGGGAGUCACCGGGGAGCGGCUGCCGUGAUGAAGAAGAGUUGAAGGUCAGCGCAGUAAAUGAGGUUCAGAGAUGAGAAGGGCUACAUACUGUACCCUCAGAUUGGGGACCGGCUGGACCUCAUCUGCCCUCCUUUGGACACGGCCAGAUCCACACCAGAGUACGAGUUCUACAAGCUCUACCUCGUGUCGUCUCGGGAGCAGGCGGACCGCUGCGAGGUGAUGGGCGCGCCCAACAUUGUGCUCACCUGUGACGAACCCACCCGCGAGCGCCGCUUCACCAUCAAGUUCCAGGAGUUCUCACCCAACCUGUGGGGUCACGAAUUCAAGAGCAUGCAUGACUACUACAUCAUCGCUACAUCUGAUGGGACACGCCAAAGCUUGGAUAGCAUGAGAGGAGGAGUGUGUGUCACACAAGGCAUGAAGGUGGUCCUGAAAGUGGGACAGAGCCAAUAUGGACUGCCUCCGAAGAAGGAGCCGGCAGGCCGCACCACCAGCAGAAACCCAGGUGGCACAGGGAACUCAACUCAUUCCCAAAGACCCAACAGCUUUGGGAACGAGGGCAACGGCGAAAAUGGACCGGUUCAAACCUCAAACAUCGCCGUCAUCGCCGGUGCUGCCGGAGGCUCCGCCUUUCUGCUCCUGGUGACCGCUGUGAUAUGCGUGGUGUGCUACCGAAGGCGACACGCCAAACACUCGGACACCCACCACCCUCCGCUGUCCCUGUCCUCACUCACCAGCCCCAAGCGCGGAGGCGGCGGGGGCCUCAGUAGCUCCAACAACAACGGCUCAGAGCCCAGUGACAUCAUCAUCCCCCUGCGGACGUCAGACUCCGCCUACUGCCCGCAUUACGAAAAGGUGAGCGGGGAUUACGGGCACCCAGUCUACAUCGUCCAGGAGAUGCCGCCUCAGAGUCCAGCCAACAUCUACUAUAAAGUAUGAGACGGCCGCUGCUCUGGACAGUUGGACACAGGCUCCUCCAUGCACCAACUUUCAAACAACCCCUCGCUCCAAAUGAAGACACAGUGAAGCUCGCUAUGUGAGCUCCGUUCCCGAACCCCUCAACGCCGCCAGUAUUGUCCCACGGACCCCACUCUCUGCCCUGUGAGUCCUCAGUUCCCCCACGGCCACAGUUGGGCUGCUAGCUGACAAAACAAUCCUCUCCAUAUACUUACACAACUGGGCCACACACUGUGUGCCAAGGGGGCGCUGUGUUAACUAUACGAGUCCCUUCUUAACAAGGCCCUCACGAAUAGACAAGGGUCUCUGAGUGGCCCCUUCUUGUUAACUCUGAACUAAUCCUGCCCCACCUUUGCUGAAUAGAAGAGUUGUUCCCCAAAAUGCCAGUGUGCAUGUGCCGCACACACUCUUUUCCAGGAAAAUGGACCGGCGUUGGGACACACAUUGAUUUAAAAAGAGAUAAAAGAACACAACAGAAAAAGCUACACACAUGAACCCAGCGAGCUCUGAGAAAUCCUGCCUAUCCCACCAUCACAGCCCUCGGAGCUUCAUCAGCCAAUCAGAGACCAGCCCCUGCCACUAACACACCAAUAGGAUUCUAGUUUGUGUUUGUUUUUCCUGAGUAAACAGGGGCCUUGGGACUCGACCAAUCAAGCAAGCCUGUGCAACGGUCACACGACCGGGCCCGGGUCUAGGCCUGAGGAGGUCUGACCAAUCGGUGACACUCAGAAUCUUGUAUAUUUUAUUAAUGUGCGUGUGUUUGUGUGUUUGUGUGCGGCUGAUUGUGUGUGUGUGUGUGUGUGUGUGUAGGAGAGUAAAUAUGGCGCUGCUGCUCCACAUGUGAUGUGUGUGCAGUUGGUGUGCUUCAGUGAAACAGGUGGCAUACGCCUGUGUUUUUGUGUGUGUGUGAAUGGGCGUGGCUGCGUUCUUUAGACUUGUCUUAAAUACCAAAACACAAAAUAGUGAGCGAAUAUCAAAAAAGUGAGAUUUUUUAUCGCUAUCAACACUUAUAGAUUAUAUAUAUAAAUAUCCAGUAAAUAAUUUCUAGAUGUUUCCUUCAGUUUUCUAUUGUUUUAUUAUUUUUAUCCACUCCUAUAAACUGCAUUUCUGUUAAUAGACUUCUUUUUUCUUUUUUUCUUUUGCUGUUUUAUUUUUUCACGACAUAGACCAACCUUGUUUCUCCACUUUUCCCUUUUGGUUGAAUAUUAAUUUAAUCCUCUUUUGUUUUUGUUUUUUUGUUUUUUCAAAUGUCCCGGCGAUCAGAGGUUGUUUCUCUCUUCCUCUCUUUCCUCGCUCAUUCACCACCCCAGCCUCUCUCUCCCCCCUCCUCCCCCACCCUCCCUCCCCUUCUAGGGUCUCUGAACUCUGUGUAUAUUUUUAUAGCUCCUUGUACUAUGCCGUAGUUUUGAAGUUUAGACCUCGUUUGUGGAAGUGUUGAGGUAGAACCAUCUAUGAAUUUUAUUUUAUUUUUUUCAAACACAGAAGUGAGGGGCGAUGGCGGGGAGGGUGUGGUGAAGGGGAUGAAAUAAAAAGAAGAAUAAAGGCAAGGGAACGGGGGGGAGAGAGGGAGAGAGAGAGAGAGCUGUCUGGGGAGGAUGACUAACGUGGCAUCUGAAUGCAGAACUUUAAAAAAAUCAUAUAAAAAGAGGAAAGCGGGGAGAUGGGAAAAGAAAAGACUGUGAUGGAAUUUCACACUGAAGAAGAGAGAAAAAAAAAAGCAAAAAGGAUCGGCAGGAUUGAGAGAUGAAGGAUCCCGAGCAGGGAAGAAUGGAGAGCACAGAUUAAAGACUGGCGGGUGAAGGAGAGACACCUUUUCUUCAACCAGAGGGUCCCGGCCUCCUGAACGGGAGCAAACGGAGGAGUCCAACUCCAACAUCCCUUUCUCUUACUCACACACGAGCACAUCCGCGGUUCAACUGAGUCACACUUUGCGUUAACGACGCGACACAGUUACAAUUUUACUCCUGUUUUCCCGCAACGUUUGUUGGGUUGAAAUCCGCAUUACACGCAAAACAUGCAAAGACACGCAUACACACACACACACACACACACAACCUCCCGACAUGCUCAUUGCAAACACACACACCAUCUCUCUGGCUGUACCUGUGUCCCAAACACAAACACACACUCACAGUUUGCACACCAUUUAACGACUGUCACAAAUGCCUUCUGAUCGCAUCGAAUGAGAUACAUUCACCCCCCCUCACCCUUGCACACACACACACUCACACUAUAAAAAAACGCUGAUAUGCUUUCAUGCGACUCCAUAUUAGUGUGAUUAUAACAUACCCAAUGGACAUGCCGCGGGGUGAACAGCGGGCUUGUAUGCCGAAUGUCUGCCCUCACCUUUGGGCAAACACUCACACACACACACACACACUCACACCUCACCCUCGGUGGGGCAGUGACAGCACUGUGUUCAACGCUGCAGUUUGGUCUCAUUUGCAUAUUUUUGACGCUCUGUUUUGUGUUGCUCAACAAAUGUUUAUGGCUUUUGUGUACCCUGGGUGGCAGUAGCGAGCUUACGCUGGUGUUAUUUUUAAGAAAAAAAAAAUUCAGCCAUACGCAUACGCGCAUUACACAUAAGGUCUCAAAGUGCUGUGGCCAUGUUCUCUGUGUUUGGAUCUGGACCUUUCCACACCUCUCAGCUGUGUUUUGUAUCAGUAUAACAUCCUAUAAUAAGAUAUAUUUCAUACUUAAGUGUCACAUUUGUCCAAUUUGACUUUGUUCAAAAAAUGAUGAUGAUGAUGAUGAUGUUCUGAUAUGUUUUUGUACCAUGGGUUUGGAUUGCAUUUGACUGCAUCAGUUGAUCUCGUGGAUAGAACGAGGGGGGAAGACACCUUGACGACUUCUUUUUGUACAAUUACCAACUUGUGUUUCUUUUUUUUUUUGGUAAGUCCGUGUCUAUUUAAACAUGUUCCAAGUUCCUGAAACAAUCCUCCAAGCCAAAAUAAAGUGUCUGUUACACUCUUGUCCACCACGUCUUGGAGCACUUCAAUCCAAAAGGACAGCAUUUUCUGCUAAAAUGGCUCCUCAAUUCGAAGAGGGGAAAGAGCAAAACUUUUCAGACUUUACGGCGACAACUCCUGAUGAAAAAGCCACUGCCCCGUUUUCACUCCAUUGGCCUUCCGCUCCCCCCCGCCCCCCUUUCUCAGCAGAAUGUCAAGUAUCUCCCGGACCCAGUUGUUUUAUUCCUUUCUUCUAAGCGUUUGAUUUUCAUGUCGGUGUAAUUUUUCAAAGUUGUGUCUCUGGCUCUGACCGUUUGUGUUUGACUGGUCAACUCAGCGUGUUGGCUUUUUCGUUGGUGUUUUUGUUUCUGAAAAACUACGGACACGACCACUGGUUGUCAUGUCUAAAAGGGGGAGAGUGUUGUUUGGACGGAAAAAAUGGGAGAAAAAGAAAGAGGGCGAGAGCUCCUGCCAGUCUCCCUUACCUCUCUGUUUGGUAAAAAUGUGUGUGUGAGAGUGUGUGUGUGCAUUUCUUUGUGCCAUUAGCCAGUGAGUGGAGGCCAACAAAGCAAGGUGACUCUCGUACGUGACGUGUUGAGACUUUGUAUUCGGGACAUCUCUGUGUAAAAGAAGGGUUAUUUUUUGUGCUCCUCUCCUCCUCCUCCUCUUCCUUCCUCCUCCUCCUCUCUCUAAUCUCCAAUUUAUCCCUCCUCCACUCAUCAUGGUUCACCCCAGAACAGCUCCCCCCUUCCCUCCCUUCCCUUCCCUCCCUUCCCUUCCCUUUCCCUCUGUCCCUGCACUUCCUUCAGCAUUCCUCCCAACCACACCUCUAAAGAGAGGAUGAAAAACUAGAACAUUCCUGGUUUGGAAAAAAAAAGGUUGAAUAAAAAAAAACAAAAAAUGUUUAAGCACCA